AUGAUAGUCGCUCACGCUCCAAAAACUUAUUUCGGUUCAGGAGAUGUACAAAAAUCAUUGGGUACUCUUCCUGGAUUUCCAUGGGCGAAAUAUCCCGGAGAAAAACAUUUUCCCGGUCAUAAUUAUACCGGUCCAGAAACUAAAAAAGCUAACACUACAACGUGGAUAAAUAAAGCGAAAGCUUACUUUGUGGAUCAAAUCGGAGAUACUCUUCAAGGUGAUUUAGAUAUGAACAAUUUUAGCAUAACUAAUUUAAAGUCUCCGGAAAACGAUAAUGAUGCUGUUCACAAGAAAUAUUUACGGGAACAAAUAAAUUCAAUUGAAGUAAAUAAAAACCAUUUAGAAGAUAAAAUAAGUAAUGUGAAAAGAUUCUUCAAACGUCAACUAAAUAAUAAAAAUUUUGUUAAUGAUACUAAACUACAACAAGAGGUAAAAAGAUUAAUAAGUUUUAUUCAAAAAGAAUUGGUCAACGUAGCGAAUAAAACUGAGUUACAAAAUUUAAUUUCAUUAAUAUCUAAAUUAGAGGAUAAGAUUACAAAACAAAAAUUAGACAUUCAACAAUUGAUAGAUAACAUUCCAGAUGAAAAUGAAGAUACGUUUCAACAGGAAUUAAAUGCUCUGGAAACUAAACUUAACAGUGAAUUACAAAAAGAACUAAGAAAUAUUAAAAAACAAAUACAAAACAUAGAUGAUAGCGAAAUCAAAACCUAUAUUCAACAACAAAUACAAAACAUAGAUGAUAGCGAAAUCAAAACCUAUAUUCAUCAACAAAUACAGAACAUUGAUGAUAGUGUUAUUCAACAACAGAUAACCACUAUUAAUAACCUAGUUUUAAAACAAGACAAAAAUAUACUCGCAUUAGAAAAGAAGUUUCUCAAGAAGGAAUCAUAUUAUUUCACUCUUCCAUUUGGAAGUUUGACACGUGACGAUGCUUCUAUUACUGAUUAUGAUGAAAGAACAAAAGAGUAG